AGCCUGAAGCCGAACCAGUUCAGAAAAAAUCGUGUUUAUCUCUAGUGUUACACAUUGUGUGUCGUUCCUACGUUCUGAUCAGAUCGAAGAGAGAGAGAGAGAGACAAUAUCGCUAGGAAAAUAUUUUAAUAUUGAUAGUUUUUCUAUAUAUAUAUUAUAUAUUUUUACAUCUUCGAGUGAAAAUCAGAAAACCGUGAAGAUAAUCUCGAAUAACUUUUAAUUAAAUGAUUAUUUAUUAAUUAGUUGCUGACAAAAUUAUCACACGAUAAAUUUGUCUCUUAUUUAUCGCUCAUUUCAAUAUUCAUAUUUUGAAAGUUAUUUUAUUAUAUUAUUAAAUCUUCUGAAAGAAAAAAGCGUAAUAUUACCGUCUGUAUUCUUACAAAAUUAUAUUUUUACUUUGUAUACAUAUAUACUUCGAAAUUUAUUUAAUCAGUUAUAUUUAUUUAGUUAUAUUUUUUUUGCUGAAUAUUAAUCGCGAUCGAGAGUGUUUUCAGUACAAAAAAUAUAAUAUCUUUAAAUUGAAAGAGAGUAAAAGAAAACAAUGCCGAGUAGUAAGACGAGAAUCGCUAUUAUCGGUGGUGGAGUGGCUGGUUUAGUGGUGGCCCGUCACAUGGUGUCCAGAUUAAAUACUUACAAUCUAAUGCUGUUCGAACAAUCCGACCAUAUCGGUGGUACAUGGGUGUACACUGACGAUACGCAUCUCGAUAAGCAUGGACUUUUGAUUCACAGCAGCAUGUAUAAAAAUCUUAGAACAAAUAUACCGAAGGAAAUAAUGCAGAUACCUGAUUUUCCCUUUCAAAAUCAGGAGGGUCCAUCUUUUGCCCAUCAUAGUGUAAUAAAGGAAUAUCUUUUGGAUUAUGCAAAACAGUUCAAUCUCUAUCCUUACAUUAAAUUGAAUACCCUGGUGAAACACGUGGAGCCGGAGAUUUUGAAAAACGGCCAGACGUUAUGGACGGUGACAUAUAAGGAUUUGGAAUCCAAAGUAGAAACCACGAAAACUUUUGAUGCCGUGGUAUUGUGCAACGGUCAUUAUACUGUCGGUCAUAUUCCACAUAUUCCAGGUAUCGAAAGCUUCCACGGUGGAUGCAUUCAUAGUCAUCAAUAUAGAAUACCGGAGGUAUACGCUGGCAAAAAGGUUUGCAUACUCGGCGCAUCUUGGUCCGGUAUUGAUGUCGCAAUGGAAGUCUCGCAAUACGCUGACAAAGUGUAUUUAAGUCAUAAUUUGACGGAACAUAUCGACUCGAAAAUGUCGAGCAACGUCGAGCAAAGACCCAACAUUGAGUCCGUCCAAGGAAAUGUCUUCUUCUUUCGUGAUGGUUCUUCAGCAGAAGUAGACAGUUUCAUAUAUUGCACUGGUUACAAAUUCACGUAUCCCUUUAUGUCAACUAAAGUUGAGAUACGUACGGAUGAUAACCACGUGGAACCCAUCUACAAAUUUCUGGUGCAUAUGGAUUACACGAAUCUAUUCUUCAUGGGUUUACCAGCGAUCGUGAUACCAUUCCCGAUGUUCCACAUUCAAGCACAAUAUAUUCUCGGAGUUCUCGAAGGUCGCAUUCAAUUGCCAUCGUCGCAAAGAAUGCGCGAGGAAUAUGAGAUCGAGAAGAAGUCCCUAUUGGACCAAGGCAUUCAGCUGAGACAUAUCAAUAAACUCAAAGACAGACAAUGGGCUUACUACGACGAGAUCGCGGCCGCUGCCAAUGUGCCGAGUUUUCCACCGGUUAUCAGGAAGAUCUUCGAUCACGUUAUCGAUAUGCGUGAUAUAAACUUCACUACUUACAAAAAUUAUAAAUAUCAUAUCAUCAAUAAUGAGAACUUCAAUGUAUCUUAUUGUAAGCCUUGUUAAGGUCCACGCAAAAAAAAAAACAAAAAAAAAACGGAAAA